AAUAAAGCAACAAGCACGAGCAAGGACAAGUCACAAAGCGUGAGAGAAGUUCUGAGUUUCUCGACGGUGAACAUUCUAUGAUUAUUCCUAUAUGAAGUAACUACAACUAGUGCCUUAAAAAAAUAAAGUAUGAUGAUCAAAAACCCGUCCGCCUUGCUGGUGAAGCUGGGCAGCCGAAGCGCUCAUCUGCUUUCGUCCAGACUACAAAAAUAUCAAAGCCGGAGAAGCAUAGCGAACUAUGCGCCUGAUUCACCGCAAAAUCCUUUUCGACUCGCCAGACUUUCGCAACUGGUUCGUUCGCUCUUGGGCAUAGAAGGUGGGCAAGGUGAAGGUAGUGGCAAGGGUGCUGCAGGUGGCAGUAGGAGACUGCAAAAUAAAUACUCGAGAUUAGGAGCUCAAGAGGUUCUUGAAAAAUUGAAAAUAGAACUAGCGGGACCUGCAUCUUCUGCUUCUGUUGAAGACCAGGACGAAGCACGAGAAGCAGAUAAAGAUUCUGCACAACAGCUUCCACUCGACGUUGUGCGACAUCCACGACAGAAGGUAAAAACCGUAACAUCUUCACAACAAAGAAGUCUUCAAGCAGCACAAGAGCACAUAAAAAUAGUUGAACAACUUGAAGGUCAAGAAGGUCCUCAAGGUCCUCCUCUCCGAACCUGGCUUUCAGAGUUAAUCGCUUUCCUGAAACAUCGCCUUUACCAAAACAGGAAUUUGCUCACUUACUUCUACAAAGGCGGACUUGUAGCGGCUGCAUUGUACUAUGCAAUCGGACCAAGAAUGCUGCAAAACCAGGAAGACGAGGCCGAAAGAGAAAGGAUACGAGCAAUCACGCGGGAACAAGAGGAAACCCUAGAAUUUGAGAAACGAUUGUUGAAGGAACUGGAAAUGACCACUUCGAAAUUACUGGAGAUGGCUGAGAAAGAAGAGGAAGAUGAUGGUUCAGGGUUAGGGUUUAGGGUGUAGGGAGGCGCAAGAUUUUGGCUGGGAGCAAAUGGAACGAGGAAGAUUCGCCGUGAUGCGACCGAAGCGAACGAGCUGGAUUGGAGUGACUACUUGUAAAUAUUAUCCUUCAGCUGCUGAAUCUCCACGCUAAUAUUUCGUUACGUGGAUCGUGUGGCGGCGAAGAAGCUGCAGCGACAUGGUCGUGACCAUGUCGCUGCGUCUUCGCCGACAGGAUUGGGUCGUCUUGUUGAUGUGCAUCGGAACUGGAGGAAAGAGCGGUUGCCCAAGGAUUGGUUCUGCUGUUGAAGUCCAGGUCCAAGAGACGCAGCGACAUGGUCAUCAAAGCAGAAGAAAAGUCACGGCUACUAGACGAUGACAGCCGGCACAGUGUGACACGACUAGCUCCGUUCGCUUAAUAUCCUUGUUGCUGUUUCUUGACGAAGACGAAGUCAGAUGUCGUAGGAGCAGAAUCAUUCAAGAAGAUGGAGGCACUGGAAUGUGUCGUGUCACACGUUCAGCUCUUCCACGAACUUGCUCAAGUUGCAAAUUUUGAACAGCUUGCUUUGGUGGCGGAGGUUUGCAAAAAAUAAAUGUUGAAGAUGCUUCCUUGUGGCUUAUUUUCUAUCAAUGUUGGACGACGUCCCAUCAGCAGAUGACACAGAAGGAACAGGGACCUCCCUUUUUUGUCUGAUGAGUAACAGGAGCACCACGACCUGGCUAGCUGGAUAAGGUGGAUGAGGUUGAGCC